CAUAAUCACAUAAUUCUAUAAAAUCGUCGCACAGAUUAUGUGCAAUGACGGACGUGGCUUAAUAAAAAUCUUGUAUUAUGUUUUUAUUCAUCAAUAUAAUCAAGAAAUAAUUUAAUAAAAAUGUCUGACGCGGUAGUGCCCAAGGGCCAGCCAAUUCCUGGUGAUCCGGAGAAGAAGGGUUGGUUAUUCAAGUGGACAAAUUAUCUGAAGGGUUAUCAGAGAAGAUGGUUCGUUCUGUCCAGUGGAUUACUUUCGUAUUACAGAAAUCAAGCAGAAAUGGCGCACACAUGUCGCGGUACAAUCUCCUUACUUGGUGCCCUCAUUCACACAGCAGACUCAUGCACAUUUGUCAUCAGCAAUGGAGGAACACAAACCUUCUACAUUCGUGCACAGGAUGAGGUGGAGCGCCAGAGCUGGGUCACCGCAUUAGAACUUGCAAAAGCGAAAGCUAUGUUAGUUAGAGCAUCCGAUGAUGAUGAAGAUCAAAUGUCUAGUGGGGCAGUUGUUGUGGGUGGUGGCGAGGGAGAAGGAGAGGAUGCUGGCCGCAUAGAUCGAGAACUAGCGGCUAGGUUCCAUGACCUUCGUACUUGCUCUGAACUUGUGGCCCGACAUGGAACAUCGUUGCAGCGCUCCUUGGCAGAUUUGGAAAUACCACCUACAGAUACCGCAAAACAAGUGUCAGAGCGCGCAACGCUUUUCAGGAUAUCCUGUAAUGCCAUGAUGAAUGCAUGUUCGGAGUUUAUGAAUGCGGCUACAGCGUCCGGCACACGCUUGAACCGGGCACUUCAGCAUGAACGUGAUCAGAAGAUGCGUUUGCAAGAAGUCGUAGAGCAGUUGGCAAGGCAGCAUGACAAUCUUGAAAAGACAGUUACAGCACGUAAUACAUCACAUACAGGAGGAAACGGCUCUGGCACAGGAAACGAGACGGAGGAUGAAGAUCAUGAAUUCUUUGAUGCUAUGGAGGAGGGUGUGUCAACAACAAUGGAUGAUAAGACAUCAUUUGUAAUCAAAGUUCCGGUUAAUAGGAAAAAUAAGGUUAAAAGUGGCGAGAGUUCCGAUGAAUCAGAAGGUGAAACUGUGACGGAAACACAGCAGGUAAUAUUUGUGGAAGACAAAGAACGUGCAGAAAGUGCCAUGGGCGGGGCGGAGGCAGGCAUCGUGGCCACCAAGGCUUCAGAUAAGGAGCAGAAUUUUAAAGUUUGGCCACAUGUGUCUCAAGUUACGAGCUCGAUCGAUGGCCGUGCGCGACGUGUAUGUGUGCCCGAUAAGCCCAACUACCCGCUCAGUCUCUGGUCCAUCAUGAAGAAUUGCAUAGGCAAAGAACUAUCGAAGAUUCCGAUCCCGGUGAACUUCAGCGAGCCGCUGUCGAUGCUGCAGCGGCUGACGGAGGAGUACGAGUACUCGUCGGUGCUGGACCAGGCGGCGCAGUUCACUGACCCUGCGCAGCAGCUAGCAUACGUCGCCGCCUUCACUGUCUCCUCCUACGCCACCACCUCCUGCAGAACAAACAAGCCCUUCAACCCGCUACUAGGUGAAACGUUCGAAUGCGACCGCAUGGCGGAUCUCGGCUGGAGGUCUAUUUCUGAACAGGUGUCACAUCAUCCCCCAAUGGUAGCGCAGUUCUGCGAAGGGCAAUCGGGAUGGCAAUGCUGGCAGGAGUUCACCAUGACCACCAAGUUUAGGGGGAAAUACCUACAGGUCAUACCUCUAGGGGGAGCCUCCGCGAUGUUUCUCGCUUCAGGCAACAAAUACACAUGGAGGAAGGUAGCGACAACCGUCCACAAUAUAAUCGUUGGUAAACUGUGGGUGGACAAUCACGGCGACAUGGACAUAGUGGGCGAGGCGGGCCCCGCCACAGGCUACGUGGCGCACCUCAAGUACCAGCCGUACAGCUACUUCAGCAAGGACACGCAACGGAAGGUCACCGGCGUCAUCAAGGAUCCGCAGGGAGUGCCCCGGUACGUGCUGCAGGGCCACUGGGACAGCCGCGUGGAGGUGGCGCCCGUCAGCAGCGCAUCGGCCGACAACACCGUCUGCAAGACGGGCAAGUUCACGCUCGCCUGGGAACGGAUCCCUGCACCGUCCGAUUCGCACAAGUGGUACAACUUCACGCUACUGGCGGCGCAGCUGAACGAGUCGGAGCCGGGCGUGGCACCGACCGACUCGCGGCUGCGGCCCGACCAGCGCCUCAUGGAGGAGGGACUCUGGGACGACGCCAACACCGAGAAGCUGCGCCUCGAGGAGAAGCAGCGCGGCGCGCGGCGAGAGCUGGAGGCGGCGGCCGAGGCGGCGGCGGCGCGCGGAGUGGACCCCCCCGCGCCCCCGCGCCCCGCCUGGUUCUCCCGCGAGGCCGCCCCCGGGCAGCCCCACCUGCGGCACCUCUACAACCACCGCUACUGGGAGUGCAAGGCGCGCCAGGACUGGGCCGGCUGCCCGGACAUUUUCUAGCCGGACGCGGCCCCGUAGAGCCCCAUCGCCCGGUUCGAUCCUCUCGGUGUAUUCCCCGUUGCUAUUUUAAUGAGUUCUACCACAGAGGAUUACGUACAGAGUGAUAGCUUUACGACCGACUGUUCUGGAAUAGUGUAGCUGUUGCAUAAAAAUAUGUUAUAAUCAGAACUAUCGAUAUCACAGUUUAAGUACUUGGUGAUUAUAUUCACGUAAUAAAUAUCUCGUAUUGUUCUCAGUUAGAUUGAACUAGUGCUCAGGCUUUCACUCCGUAUGCAAUUCUUUGUUCUUCUACUGUGGAACGGAAAAAACUUUACACUAUCUCGAAAGAACAAAAUAGACCAUUUUAUAAUUCCGCUUGUUAUUUUACUAUGGGUACCAACAAGUAAGUGCAAGGUAAAUCACAAUAAAUUUAUAUCUGCAGUUGAUUCCUCAUAAUAGUAAUAAUAACAUGCAGUUAUUAUGAAUAACACAACUGAUAUUAUUUCCUUUGAAUCUGUUUUAUAAUAUAACAAAGUGGAAUACAUCGAUUACUCCCCGUCCCGAUCGCCGUACGCGUGUAUAUUGACUCGAAAUCUCGCCCGUUGACUUCCGUUCUAAAUAUGUAGAUUAUCUUAUUUAUACUCGUCUUCGCUGUUCAAAAGUACCGCUUUUUAUAUUCGACGAGGAACCGUAGUUGUCGUUUGUUUUAAGUCAGUUUCCAGCUGUUUUAAUAUGUUAUGUCAUGUAACAGACUAAUCUUUUUAAAAACGCACGGUAGUCAUUCCAUAAUUACGUUAAUGUAGUUGAUCUUAUUUAUUUUGUUUAUUAUUAUCAAAAUUUUAUGUAAUUUCAAAUGAUAUACAUAUGUGUAAAUAAUUAUAAUUUAUAAAUAUUGUUAUUCAGUAGCGAUUACGCAGACUGUCGUGGCCUAAAUAUAAACUAAAUUUAAAUUAGCCGAUAUGAAUUAAAUUUAACAAUAUUAUUAUAACAACGAAAUUAUUUUUCACUUUCUAAAUUCGCUGGCAACUGUUGACAUAAUGAAUUAUAAUAGCUCCACACAUAAUUAAAAAAUCAUAAGUGCUUUGUAGAGUAAUAAUGUAUGUAAGCGAACACUGUUUGAUGUAAUUGUAAAGACUGCGGAUAAGAAUAUUGUAAAGUUACAAUUAUACAUCAGGUAAUAAAUACAAUAUCAGCCCAACUUUCCCUAUAAACUUUGGUCCUCUUUUUGCAUCCAGGCAUCGCCCGGUACGGUUCCACGCUGCUAUACUCCCUGACAAUGCACCUAGUGUUGUUAAAAAUGUAUAAACUGAACUAUUAGAAAUUAAUAUAUAAGGUGCUUCUAACAACAGGUUUCUAUUUGGAAAGCUUCGUCACGCUACUAAUUUAGUGUAUGACUAAAUAUUUUCUUUCUAUUGUAGGCAUUAAAAGUAGCCCUUUACGUCCGAUUAGGUAAUGACAAUUCGUAAAACUAUUCUUAAUGCCUUAUCUUAGGAAAAUGGAGCAAUCAUUUUAAGUGUUAAAAAUAAUACGAGUUGAUAUCAACAUGUAAUCGUGUCUUUUGUGCAAGAAAUGUAGGUUAAAUUAAGGUAAAAAUAAUGGAUUUAUUGUUGUUAUCAACUUGUUCUAGAAUAUUUUGUAAGGUUAUUACAAAUUGUACAUUUUCAAGUGGAUGUAAGAUACUUUGUUAAUAUUUUUAUUAUAAUAAUAGAAUGAUAUUGAAUACAAAGCCAUAACAUCUGUAUCAUGUUGAUGAAUAUUAUGAAAAUAAAAUAUAAUGU